AUGAGUUUACCUAACCUGGCUAAAGAUGUAGAGCAAUACAGCUCCAAGCUCAUCCCAUUCAUUGAAAAUGUCCCGAAGUAUGCUCAUGACAUUGCCCUCAUACUCUCCCAAAGCUUUGCUAUCAGCGGCCACUUAAGGAUUUUACAUGCCCUGAGGUACUCAACUGCCUAUGAAUCGUCAUUUCAAAAGGUUACGGAUGAUCUUCGAGUCGUUUACAGUAUCGUUCGGUAUAGUGCGAAGGAGAUAAGCUCUGGAAUUGAAGAAAUGAAGCGCACAGCCAAGGGCGUCGUGACUCCAGAUGAGUAUCAGAGAACUUGGAGUCGGCUAUGGUCUCUCUUCUCCUCUCAGUCCGGAGAGCCUGUAGACGAAACUAUGAUGGCCCGACUUCGCACGGAUUUCAACACGAUACUCCUGGCCCAGAUUAAAUCCGAAGAGCAGCAGCGGCAGCAGCAGCAGUGGAAGGAAAUGCCAUCCAAUCCUAAAACGCACAAGCGUCCUAGCCCUGCUAGACUCCGACCUUCUCCGCCUACUCCAGAAAUUCCCCCUCCACCGCCACCGCCGCCAUCACCGCCAGCACUGCCUCCCCGUUCUAAACCUUCAACUCCGCAAACCAAGCCACCCAAGGCGGCGCAGAAGGCAGCGAGAAUGGCUCGGCCUUCCUCUUUUGAGCGAGGGUGGCCGGAAUUAGAUUCAGAUUCGUCAGAAGAUGAGGUUCAUUUCUCCUCACCAAAUGAAAACAGUGCGCUAUCAGCAUCCUCUUAUGUAAAUUCGGAUUUCGUUGAUCACUGGACCCUGGACGUUUUUGGGCAGCACAUAGACUCAUCGGCACCUCUGAAUCGCAGUGGAGAGGGCUCUGGCUGUUAUGCCUGCCCAGUGAUGGACGCAAGAGAAAAACUUGAAAAGGAGUAUGAGGAGCUGUGUCAACUUGACUUUCCCGGAAAGCCUCAAAUAUCCAUCAGUUUUUUUCUCCGUGAUAGAGAUCAUCGAACAAAGGUCCUAUGCACGGUCUACACUUCUAAAACGCGUACUGUGUAUUCUGCAAUGCCGAUAACCAAGCUAGAGAUAUACCGUGAUGGCUCCUCCCUCCAACUCUGUGUAAGGCACUCGGAAGGCAAGGACGGUUUAUAUUUAUGGGCGGGUCUUCAGUUCAGCUCAAUGGAAAAGAUGGUGGUUUUCUACUGCUCCUUCUUAGCGCUUCGGGGACAAGAUGGCAGCGGGCCUAUUAAAAAGUUUCUAGACUAUGAAUUAAAGGACGAAUUAUAUGUUUUUGGUGGCAAAAUCUUUGACGAUAAUUACAUCCAUGCACUUCGAAUAUACCGAGAUCAUGAUACUAAGGCCAUACGUCUACAAGCUUCAAUACAUGAAGGAGAUUUAGAAUGGGUACCUGUCUGGACAGCGUUUAUCCAACAUUAUCUGAAAAAAAAGAAUUGGAUGAGGAGGUCUGGAAAUAAGAUCUACUUGUCGAAACUACAACGUGUAAUAUUCAUUGACUCCUCCGACUAUUCUCCUCAAAUAACACGGGAGGGAGAGCAUGUUCUGUCCUUUACUUCAGAAGAUGACGCGAAUAGCUUUGAAUACCGUAUCAAUGAUCUGAUUGAUUUUGGCACCAAACAAAAGAAGGGCAAAUAA